CGCAAAUACAGCGACAGAUCAUCCACCAUGAACAACAACCAAUUCCGCCGCUUGGUCCUCGACACCCCGAACCCCUCCAAAGCCCGCGAUGGUCGCUCUCCGGGCGCGCCCUCCACCUCCCCCGGAGCAGCAACAGGGCCAGCGGGGUCCAACGCUUUAGGCUCACGUCUGCGUCCCAACAUCCCCAUGACACCGCGAAACCUCCAAGGCGUCAACUUCGCGCGCCAACUCGCCGAAUCCCGCGCCGGCACCGCCCACCCCCAGAAACGCUUCAAGUCCUCCUCUGCCCCCAAGGGCGCCAAACUUCCCACCGGGUACCAAGACCGUGCGGCGGCGCUACGUGGGCAGACCGCGGAUGACGAGGAGGCCGGGAAGAAGGAGGACGUCGAGGCGCGAGUGCGCGCGCUGGAAGAGCUGGUCCAAAAGGGGGAGCUUGAUCGGGGGACAUUUGAGAAGUUGCGCGCCGAGCUCGGCGUCGGGGGCGACGUCGGCUCGACGCAUCUGGUCAAGGGUCUCGAUUGGGAGUUGUUGCGGAGGGUGAAGGCCGGUGAGGAUGUCGAUGCUCCGUCCCGUCCGCCUGCGGAGGAGGAGGAGAAGGAGGAGGUGGUGGAGGACGUGGACGAUGCGCUCGAGCGGGCCCUGGAGGAGAUUCCGGAAGGACCUGUGGAGAAGGAGACGACGAAGACGAAGAAGAAGGGAAAUAUGGCGCCUCCGCGGCGGUCGCGGGAUGAGAUCUUGCGAGAGUUCCGCGCCAGUCGCGCGGCGGCUGUGGCCCCGCCUCCGGAGCCGGCGCUGGGGGACAAGUUCAAGCGGAUUUCGGCGGCUCAACCGGAGAAGCAGAAGCAGCGGUUUGUGGAGGUGGAUGAGGCGACGGGGCGGCGGCGAGAGGUGCUGGUGAUUACGGAGGCCGACGGGAAGUCCAAGCGUAAGACGCGGUGGCUCGAUCCGCCUGGGACGAAGAAUCCCCCCUCGGCGCUACUGGAGCCGCGCAAAGACGCCCAGCCGCUGGGGAUGGCGGUGCCGGCGGAGAUCGCAGCAAAACAGGCGGCUGCUGCGGCGGAGGAUGAAGACGACGAUAUCUUCGCCGGGGCGGGGAAUGACUACAAUGUGGCGGACGAACUCGGGGCGGACGAGUCCGGAUCGGAGGACAGUGAGGGCGAGGUGAACGAGGACGAGAAAGCAUCCGCCUCGACGGAUCAACCACCCCCGACUACAAACGAGCCCGCGCGGCCACGCAACUACUUUUCGAAUACUACGACCGAGACGCCCGACGAGCCCGACCGGUCGAACCCGCUGACACGAGACCCUACGCUCCUGGCGGCCUUGAAACGGGCGGCUGCCCUGCGCCAGGCGGGCGAAGACGGCGAGGAUGGAGGGGAGGGAGGGAACGAGGAGGGGGUGGAUGCGGCGACCGCACUCCGGCGGAAGAAAUUCCUGGAGGAAGCCCGGCGGCGGGAGGCGCAGGAUGACGCAGACAUGGACCUGGGGUUUGGCAGCAGUCGGAUCGAAGACGACGAGGACGAGGAAGGGAUCGUGACAGUGCGGCCGAUGUGCUGGGGGUGCUGCGAGGACGAUAACCUGGGGGACGAUCCAUCGCAGGGAGGAGGACGACUGGACCAACCCUGA